CUGCAAAUAUCGUUGUCUCAUGGGGAAGGGGAGAGGAUGGACAACUCGGCCUUGGGGAUGCUGAAGAUCGAUUUUCUCCAACUCAGGUGAGUGCAUUGGAUGAGCAGCAAAUAGUAUCUGUCACUUGUGGAGCUGAUCAUGCAACUGCUUACUCUGAGGCCCUCAAGCAAGUCUAUAGCUGGGGAUGGGGUGAUUUUGGGAGAUUGGGUCAUGGAAACUCCAGUGACUUGUUCACUCCUCAACCAAUAAAAGCACUGCAUGGUAUAUGCAUUAAGCAGAUUGCAUGUGGGGACAGCCAUUGUCUUGCUGUGACAAUGGAAGGCGAAGUGCAGAGUUGGGGGAGAAAUCAAAAUGGCCAACUAGGCCUUGGCACCACAGAGGACUCUCUUGUGCCUCAAAAGAUUGAAGCUUUCAAGGGAAUACCUGUAAAAAUGGUUGCUGCUGGUGCCGAACAUACAGCUGCUGUUACGGAAGAUGGUGAACUUUAUGGUUGGGGUUGGGGUCGAUAUGGUAAUCUGGGGUUAGGUGACCGAAAUGAUCGCUUGGUUCCAGUAAAAGUUUCAGCUACUGUGGGAGAAAAGAUGUUCAUGGUUGCAUGCGGUUGGCGGCACACUAUCUGUGUUUCCUCUUCUGGUGCUUUGUAUACAUAUGGUUGGAGCAAAUAUGGUCAACUAGGACAUGGUGAUUUUGAGGAUCAUCUUUUCCCUCAUAAGGUUCAAGCUUUGCAUGACAGUUUUACUUCUCAGAUAUCAGGUGGUUGGAGGCAUACCAUGGCACUUACUGCUGAUGGAGAACUUUAUGGUUGGGGUUGGAACAAGUUUGGACAAGUUGGUGUUGGUGACAAUGUUGAUCAUUGUUCACCUGUACAAGUGAAAUUUCCACAUGAUCAGAAAGUAAUUCUGAUUUCAUGCGGAUGGAGGCACACACUUGCUGUUACAGAAAGACAGAAUGUCUUUUCCUGGGGAAGAGGUACAAAUGGUCAGCUAGGUCAUGGGGAGUCUGUUGAUAGGAAUGUCCCAAGGAUAAUAGAAGCAUUAAGUGUUGAUGGAUCAAGUGGACAACAAAUCGGGUCUUCGACUUUUGACCCAUCAGCAGCUGAAAAAUCUUGGGUUUCACCAACAGAGAGAUAUGCUGUUGUUCCAAAUGAAAAUGUGCCCAAGCAAACAGUGACUUCAGUAAAAGGGAACGGAAACGACGUAAAUGUGCCUGAAAAUGAUGUGAAAAGGAUACGGCUAUGAGAUUUUUAGUGUAUGCAUGUAACAGUUUGACGUUU